GCAGAAUCGUUUCUAUUCAAAUUAAUACUUUUUUAGGUGAGAGAAAGGAAGAGAUAUACAAGUCAGUGUCGACCCUGCUAUCACGGAAAUAACCUCGAACACUCCCUCCCCAUGAAUUUUUUUUCCUUGUAUCUUCGCUCUUGGUUUUAGUUGGAAGCACUUCGUCUUAGUUUUCGUAAGUAUUGCAUCAGAUCCUUGAACGGUUUUUCUGCUUUCUGCUGCUCUCUGUUAAUGAAAAAUUCAUGAAUUGAGGUCAAUCUAUCUUCAGGUUUGGUCGUGAAUGGAAGGUUUGAUCAGUGCUACAUACCUGAAAGGCAGAAUUAAAAGGUUCCUUGGUGUUAAAUGGGAGGCAAACAGUCCAGAAGGGGUGGCCACUACCCUUCCUCGUAUGAUUAUGGGCCUCCGCCAAUUCCUAAUGCUUCACCUUAUUAUCCCUCCUAUUCUAGCAACUAUGUUGAGCGUGAUGUAAGAAGUCGACUACAGAAAAAGUAUACAAGGAUUCCUGACAAUUACAAUUCCAUUGAACAGGUGACAGAUGCUCUUGCCCAAUCUGGUCUGGAAUCUUCCAAUCUCAUUGUUGGAAUUGAUUUCACAAAGAGCAAUGAAUGGACAGGUGCAAGAUCGUUCGACCGUAGGAGCCUGCAUCACCUGGGAGACUCUCCAAACCCCUAUGAACAGGCAAUAUCUAUCAUUGGAAGGACUCUUUCAGCUUUUGAUGAGGACAACCUUAUUCCUUGUUUUGGCUUUGGAGAUGCAUCAACCCAUGACCAAGAAGUUUUCAGCUUUUAUCCAGACAAUAGGCCCUGUAAUGGCUUUGAGGAAGCACUGACACGUUAUAGGGAAUUAGUUCCACGGCUUCGCUUGGCAGGGCCAACAUCCUUUGCUCCGAUAAUUGAGACUGCAAUUGGAAUUGUGGAUAAUAGUGGUGGACAGUAUCAUGUUCUUAUGAUCAUUGCAGAUGGACAGGUUACAAGGAGCAUUGAUACAGAAAUUGGCCAGUUGAGUCCACAGGAACAUGAUACAAUUAAUGCAAUCGUCAAAGCAAGUGACUACCCGUUGUCAAUUGUUUUGGUGGGUGUUGGUGAUGGACCCUGGGACAUGAUGCGACAGUUUGACGACAAUAUUCCUGCUCGAGCAUUUGACAACUUUCAGUUUGUGAACUUCACAGAGCUCAUGUCAAGAAAUAUUCCUGCCAGCAAAAAGGAAACAGAGUUUGCUGUGUCUGCCCUGAUGGAAAUACCUUCACAGUACAAAGCAACAUUAGAGCUCCAGCUCCUGGGUCGCAGGAAAGGGAUCCAAGAGAGGAUUCCUAUACCUCCUCCAAUUGUUGGUUACAAUUCUGGAAAUUCCAGUUCUAGGUACUCACGAUCGAGCAGCUUUGAGUAUGGUACUGGAUAUCACAACAAUGCCUAUACUCCAGCAGAUAGUACUGGAUAUAACAGCACUUAUACUCCUCCGGAAGAAUAUCCUUCACGUAAUGUUGCAAGUCAACGCAACAACCAGACUUGUCCUGUAUGCUUCUGGAAUGCCAAGGACCUUGCUUUUGGAUGUGGCCAUCAGACAUGCUAUGAUUGUGGAAGAGACUUGUUAUCAUGUCCUAUUUGCCGGGCCCAUAUAUCCACAAGGAUAAAGCUUUACUAACUAAUCUCCAUAACAAAAUUUAGYAACUUCUAGGGAUGGGGUAGAUUUACAUCCAGAAGCAAGACUUYUUUUUUUUUGGUUCUUCUGUGUUCUGUAAAUAGUAGUGUUCCUGUAAGGUGCCUGAUCAUCGUGAUAGGUAAAAGAAGUACAACAAUUUGUGUGACCUAUACCCGGAAUCAGUAAAUUCUCUUGUAAAAAUGUUUUCAAAGUAAGACAGGGUUCGUCCCUUCUUUUUCA